AUGCCGCGGGCCCCGGGCGCCGGGACACCUACCUGCAGGGCGGCGGCGGCGGCGGCCCCGGGCGGGAGGCGGCCCCGGGCGGGAGGCGGGCGCGAGCCGAGGCGCGGGCGGGAGGCGGCCGGGAGCCGAGGCGCGGGCGCCGCCUGCGCCGAGCCGCGGACUCCGGCACCGACAGCGGCGGCGGCGGCGCGGCGCCCCCAGUGGUCCUCGGCGCCGCAGCCCCUCCUCCCCACGGGCGGGGCGCGCUGGCGGGGCGGUGCUCCCGGCGCCCGGCUCCCCGCCCCCGGCUCCCGCCCGCCCGCCGCCCAGGCCCCGGCGCCUCCGCCGGCCCCGCCGGCCCCGCUGCUCCCGCGGCGCACCCCUCGCCGCAACCCCCGCACCCGCCGCGCCCCCUGCACCCCCUGCAUCCCCCGCACCCCCCCGCCGCACCCUCUGCACCCGCCGCGCCCCCUGCAAACCCCCGCAGCCCCCGCCGCACCCCUGCACCCUCCGCACCCCGCACCCUCCGCGCCCCCCGCACCCCCCUCCAUACCCCCGGCACCCUCCGCACCUCCCGCCGCACCCCCCCGCAUCCUCCGCGCCCCCCGCACACCCCGUACCCUCCGCGCCCUCCGCACCCGCUGCACCCCCCCGCACCCCCUGCCGCACCCAACGCACCCCCUGCACUCCCCGCACCCGCCGCGCAGGAGCAUCGGGCUUCCACCGCCGGACCCCCCCCCGGGGGGUGGGGGCCCUGCGUCCAGCUGA